AUUAAAUUUAUGGAGAAGGUUAAUUUUUUGAAAAAUGGUGUAUUAAGAUUACCCCCAGGUUUUCGAUUUCGUCCCACCGAUGAAGAACUUGUGGUACAAUACUUGAAGCGUAAAGUCUUCUCUUUUCCUUUGCCAGCUUCUAUUAUCCCUGAAGUUGAAGUUUACAAAUCUGAUCCUUGGGAUUUGCCAGGUGAUAUGGAGCAAGAAAAGUAUUUUUUUAGCACUAAGGAAGUGAAGUAUCCAAAUGGGAAUAGGUCAAAUAGAGCAACAAAUUCAGGAUAUUGGAAGGCUACUGGAAUUGACAAGCAAAUCAUAUUAAGGGGACGACAACAACAACAACAAUUGAUAGGAUUGAAGAAAACACUUGUCUUCUAUAGAGGAAAAUCUCCACAUGGCUGUAGGACCAAUUGGAUUAUGCACGAAUAUCGUCUUGCCAAUCUCGAAUCUAACUAUCAUCCAAUUCAGGGAAAUUGGGUUAUCUGUCGAAUUUUCUUGAAAAAAAGAGGCAAUACUAAAAAUAAGGAGGAAAACAUGACAACACAUGAUGAGGUUAGAAACAGAGAAAUUGAUAAAAACUCGCCCGUUGUUUCAGUCAAAAUGAGUUCUCGAGAUUCUGAGGCAUUGGCUUCCGCGAAUAGUGAACUGAAGAAGAAGGCAUCCAUAAUAUUUUACGAUUUUAUGGGGAGGAAUAAUUCGAAUGGAGUUGCAGCUUCAACGUCAAGUAGUGGAAUCACUGAUUUGACUACUACUAAUGAAGAAUCUGAUGAUCAUGAAGAAAGUACUAGUAGUUUUAAUAAUUUUACUACUUUUAAAAGAAAAAUUAAUUAAUUAAUCGUCGUUAAAACG